AUGGUGAACCCCGUAAAAAAUGUCAAAAUCGUCAAGAAGCGUAGAAAAAUCUUCAAACGACAUCAAUCUGAUCGCUACAAGAGCGUAAAGGAAUCAUGGAGGAAGCCCAAAGGAAUUGACAAUCGUGUUCGUCGUCGGUUCAAGGGUCAGCUUCCAAUGCCCAAGAUUGGAUAUGGUUCGAACAAAAAGACCAAACAUUUGAUGCCAAACGGGUUCAAAAAGUUUCUAGUGUACAAUGUUCGAGAGUUGGAAUUGUUGCUUAUGCACAACAAGACUUAUGCAGCUGAGAUAGGUGAGUUUGCGUUUUUGGUGAGAGAUCGAGAAGUGUGGGUAGGAGAGGGUGUGUAUAAAACCGUUGCGGUUCGGUUGAAGUCUAUGGUGUAG